AUGACGAGACUAUACUCCGUAGAGACCAUUGGUCUAACCAAAUGGGCUGCAGUUCAAACCUUACGAUGCCAUACAGUUUCAAGUGACUGGCUCAACGUGUAUUCUAGCGGGACUAAGGGUCAAAACCCGUGCGCCAGUUGGGAGCUUCUAGCCUAUCAUCGUUGUCAUUGCUCCAGAUAUUUGACUUUGCGGUGGACAUGA